AUGGAACAGUCAAGACAUCAGGUCAGCUGCCAACCACAAGAGAAGAUUGCCAUUGUCGGCAUUGGAUGUCGAUUUCCAGGCAAGGUCUCGGGCCCUUCCGCUCUUUGGGAAUUGCUCAGUCAUCCGGUUGAUCUCUCUGCGCCCGUCCCUUCAUGGAGGUUCCGCAAGGAGGGAUUUUACCAUGAGAACGCCUCGCACCGCGGAACAACCAACAGUAGGGGCUCGUAUUUUCUCGAAGAUGACGACGUCAAAGCGUUCGAUGCCCAGUUCUUCAACAUUUCUCCUCAGGAGGCCGAAGCAAUGGACCCUCAGCAUCGGUUGCUAUUGGAAGUGGUUUACGAGGGUCUCGAAGACGCAGGAAUCUCGCUUGUAGAGACUUCCGGCACCAGCACCGCGGCAUAUGUUGGUCUGAUGUCGGCAGAUUGGCAAGACCUGCAGUCGCGAGACAUUGACGAUGCUCCGAGAUACCUCGUGACUGGAGGCGCACGCAGCAUCGCAAGUAAUCGGCUGUCGUACUUCUUUAACUGGCACGGGCCGAGCGAGACUAUUGACACGGCCUGUUCCUCGUCGCUCGUGGCAGUUCACCAUGCGGUACAGGCGCUACAGUCUGGUGAGGCUCGCAUGGCAGUCGCAGCUGGGACAAACCUCCUGCUAGCACCAGAAAUGUAUGUCAUGACAAGCAAUUUAAAUAUGCUGUCACACAAGGGUAAGUGCCACAUGUGGUCCUCUGACGCAGAUGGCUAUACUCGCGGCGAGGGUGUCGCCUGCGUAGUGCUAAAAACUCUAUCAAGCGCCGUUGCCGACGGUGAUGAUGUCUAUGGUGUUAUUCGUGGGAUCGGAAUCAACCAGGACGGCCGGACGACAGGAAUAACGAUGCCUAGCUCCGCAGCACAGAGCACUUUGAUACGAAACACUUACGCGAAGGCCGGCUUAGACAUAACGCGCAAGGAGGACCAAUGCCAGUUUUUUGAGGCUCAU